UGGAGUAGGAAGUCUGAUUUAGUGACCCCAUAUGUCCUUUUCCCUUCAUGUAUAAAAUAUUUGUUUUGUGUUUUUUCACUACACAUAUACUAUAAAAAUUUAAACUUUUUUUUUUUUUUUCAAACCCCACAAAUAGCCCUGAGGGAACAGAACAGGUCUGCAAAGGACAAGAUUUUCUGUACCAUAAUGAGAUGAGUUUCAAAUUUGUUAAUCAUUACAAUUGAUUACAACAGGAUGAGGGAGAUAAUAAAAGCCACCCCUGAAACUGAACUAGUAUAAGGCUAAUUAUUUCUUCUUAUUAGAGAAAGAGAGAAAAAAAAAGACCAAUAAAAGAUCAACAAACUGGACCCUAUAGAUGGAUAAGUGUUGUAUAUAUGUCUUGUCUGCCUACAUAUAUUGUGCUUUGACAAGAAAGCUUUGAUCUUUAGUACUGCUUCUUAGAGUCUCUCGUUCUUAUUUGUUUUUUGCUCUAGAACAAGACUUGUUGGUUUCUUGAAAAGUUCAAGAAUGGUGUAAAGGGUUUUUGCAUGGCUAGUCAAGGAAUAGGAGAGACUGGUUUGACAGACUCUGGACCAUCAUCACAUUCACACCAUAACCACAAUAUGCCAUAUGCUGUUUAUAGGGGGAUAAAUCCUGCUAGCACAAGUUUCAUUAAUCAAGAAAGUUCUGGUUUUGAUUUUGGAGAGCUAGAAGAAGCUUUUGUACUACAAGGAUUUAAGAUUAGUAAUGAUGAAGCUAAAGCAUCUUUAUAUGCAGCAGCAGCAGCCACAGGGAAACCUGCUGCAACUCUGGAGAUGUUCCCUUCUUGGCCUAUGAGAUUCCAACAGACCCCAAGAGAGAAGUCAAAAUCAAGAGAAGAGAGUACUGAUUCUGGUUCACUUUCAAGUAGAGUUCAACCCCAUUUAGAGCCAGAAUCACCCAUCAGUAGAAAGGCAUCUUCAGACCAUCAACAAAAUCAACUUCACAUAACACACAAAUCUCAAGAACAGCAACAGCAACUCCAAAAUAUGGCAAGUAAUAAUCCAAGAACAGGAGGUUUACAAACUGAACUAGCAGCUUCCAAAUCCAACAGUGAAAAGAAAAAGGGUGCUGCUUCAACUUCAGAGAGGGUACUUGAUCCAAAGACAUUGAGACGUUUAGCUCAAAAUAGAGAAGCAGCAAAGAAAAGCAGGAUAAGAAAAAAAGCUUAUGUACAACAGCUUGAAACAAGUAGGAUGAGACUUUCUCAGCUAGAACAAGAACUUCAAAGGGCUAGCUCUCAGGGGAUUUUCUUGGGAGGUGGUACUACUGCUGGUUCCAAUAUCAGCUCAGGUGCUGCAAUAUUUGACAUGGAAUAUUCAAGGUGGUUGGAUGAUGAUCAAAGGCACAUGUCCGAACUUCGAACUGCAUUACAAGCACAUUUAUCAGAUGGUGAUCUUAGACUAAUAGUUGAUGGAUACAUUGCUCAUUACGACGAAAUUUUCUGCCUGAAAGGAGUGGCAGCAAAAUCUGAUGUAUUUCAUUUAAUUACUGGAAUGUGGACAACUCCAGCUGAACGUUGCUUCCUUUGGAUGGGUGGUUUUAGGCCUUCUGAGCUGAUCAAGAUGUUGAUAGGACAAUUGGACCCUUUAACAGAGCAACAAGUAGUUGGAAUAUACAGCCUCCAGCAAUCUUCUCAACAGGCAGAGGAUGCACUUUCACAGGGAUUGGAACAACUACAACAAUCUUUAAUUGAUACUAUUGCCACUGCUUCUCUACAUGAUGGCAUGCAUCAUAUGGCUCUUGCUUUAGGCAAGCUCUCCAAUCUUGAAGGAUUUGUUCGUCAGGCUGAUAAUUUGAGACAACAAACAUUGCAUCAGUUACACAGAAUAUUGACAGUUAGGCAAGCAGCCAGAUGUUUCUUGGUGAUUGGAGAAUACUAUGGUCGACUACGAGCUCUAAGUUCUCUAUGGUUAUCUCGUCCACGAGAGACAUUGAUCGUGGAUGAUAAUUCAUGUCAAACAAUAACGGGGUUACAAAUGACCCAAAUAAAUGUCACGUGUCAAGCCAAGUCAAGUGAAGGAGCCAAUAGGACCAUGCCACAUGUCAAAUAAUGCAGCAGGCUCAAUAAAAUCAACGCCCAUAAAAGGCGCCACGUCACUUGAAUUUGAUUGGUCAAAGAAAGUCCAUCUUCAUCAUGAUUCUUCUUUUUCCACAACUAUAAAUAGGGGUCUCAUAAUUCAGAAAGAGGGACCCUUCAAGAACUCGAACAAGUAGCAAGAGAAAGCUCGUGAAUCAAACGCCGCAAUUUCUCUAAAAGUCUCAAGCAUUUAAAUCAAGUUCAUCAAGAUUCAAGAUC